UGCAACCAUCCGCCACCUUCAUUCCGCCACGGCAUUCCGCGGGCGGAAUAACCGGAUCUGCUUGACAUUCGGCUCGAUGCUCGAUAUAGUUAUGCGAUGAUAUUGCGCGUCUCAUGUUCCAACGAGUGGGGAUGGCUAUCGGGUGGCUGCUGCUUGGAGUUUUACCCUUCAUUGCAGCAGGCUCGCCGCUUUGCCUGGCUGAUGGCAUCCCGGAAGAGGAACGGGCGUUUCUGAAGGAUAGUCAAGGCAAUGACAUGCCUGUGGGCAUUUUGGAGCUCAACUGGCCCUCAGCAGGACUCCUGGCAGAGUUGGCAAAGCUGCUGAUCAAGGAAGUCCUUGGUUUCCACGCUGAGAUUGGCGAACCCUUGGGAGCCUCCGGGGCCGCGCCGAUCUAUGCCCUUGCUGGAUGUCGUAAUUUCAACGCCGCGAACGACAAGCAAUGUGGAGAGACGGAGCCCGUGAUGCACGUGAGCUUGGAUUCUUGGAUCGGAAGCUACAGCAGUGCCUAUGAGCAAAUGAAAGCGGACUAUCCGGACAUUGCUCCUCUAGAUUUGGGUGACAUGGGUUACAGUGGGGAGGAGUCCGUGUACGUGCACACCAACCUCUUGCAGGAAGCAUACGAGAAUGAAGGCUUAGCUCUGGAAUUCUACAAAAGUUACAACGUCUCGCAUCACCAUGCCAAGCAGUACUUCUCAUCGACCUCCGACAUUCCUUUUGGAGCCCUAUCUCGGUGCAAUGCGACCGACUUCUCCAAUGCCCAAAGGAUGUCGGACUUCGUGAAAUAUUCCUUUGACUACGAUGGAGUCGAUCAGCAAGGCAAUGGAGACUAUGUGGCAAGGUGUCCGGAUGGCCAUUGGUGGCCUGCGCCUGCAUGUCGCCAGAAUCCGUCGGAGUGCAUCCCGCUCAUUACGGCGGGAACGGGCUGGAAAUUACAGGCGAUCAUGCAAUGGGCGGUGGCGUAUGGAUUGCCAGCUGCUGUGGGCAUCACGGCCAGUUGGGGCGACUAUGUGGCACUGCCACGGGCGCAUCGAGUGCUACACUAUUGGUGGGUGCCCGAUUCGACCUUCAUUGACUUGGGACCUCAGCCCAUUGGAAUGCCAAGGCAUUCAGCUCUGGAGUGGAGCAUGGGCGACAAGAAGACCAGCGCAGUCGGAAGCUAUGUAGCCAAGAUGGUGAGCCAAGACCUCUCCUCGAAAGCUCGGACGAUCCAGGAGUUUGUCUCCCAGAUCACCUUUGAGCUGAAAGAGAUCAUGGAUCUUCUUUUGGAGGUUCAGACAGAGGGCAGCCGCUACAACGUCUCCUGCGCUUGGGCGCGUCAGAAUGUAGCUCGCUGGACCGCUUGGGUGCCGGUGAGCACGAAUUGCUACGAGGGCUUCGGACUGGCCGACGACCAGGGAGUCCACGUGCAAACUCGAGCCGCGGCGAGCGCUUGUGCCGUGUGUCCUGAAGGGACCUUCUCCGAGGAGUUCGCAGACAAUACUGGGAAGACCUAUCGCUGCAGCGCCUGUCCGAGUGGGACGUAUCAAGACAAGGUCUUCUCCAGUUCGUGUAAACCGUGCUCCAGGGGCACCUACAGUGACACCGUUGGCAGCAAGGAAUGCAAACCUUGUGAUGUCGCCUUCUACCAGGGCUUGGAACAGCAGAUGAGCUGCAUGGCCUGUCCGGCAGAUCGCACCACGCGCUUGCUGGCGGCGACCCGAGAAGAAGACUGCGUGUGCAAAGCCAAAUUCAUCGAGCGCGAAGGGCAGUGCGUCUCAUGCGAUGAGGAAACCUUGUGGUGCCCUGUGGGGAGCACCAUCUCAAAGCUGCAAGGUGCCAAUGGAACAGAUGAUGUGCCCAAUCCUCAUAUCCUUGAGGGCUACUUCAGCUAUCCCGAAGAGCCCCUUGCGACCUACAAAUGUCGCGACGCCAUGUGUCCAGGUGGAGCCCCCGGCAGCUGCCUGGGCGGCAAGGAGGGGCUCACCUGUCGACGCUGUCCUGAGGGUCAGUUCGCCUCUUCGGGUCCUUGUCACGACUGCGGCGACUAUGUUGGGGCACUCUGGGUGGUGGGGCUCGUGGCGAUGGCCGGCGGAGUGACCGGCGCUUACUACGUCUCCUCGUCGCGCUACAUACCCAAAGCCAGUCCCAUCUUCCGCGCACUGGUCAGUGGCGAUAUUGCGGUGAUGGUGUUGCAAAACGUGGCCGUCGUACAGGUGGUUUGGGGCUCUGGCACUGGAUUGGAAUUCUUCACCUUCACCUCCUUCUUGGUCUUGGACCUCGAUGGUGCAGGCAUUAGCUGUCUUUGGCCCUCGGCUGCAGGACAAUAUGCAGGCGUGGUGACUUUGUGGCCUAUCAUCCUGUUCUUGAUUCUGAUCGUUUAUCUUUGUAGCAAACUCUGCCGACGGCGGUUCGUGUGGACGCCUGCGCGGACCAUCGGAUUGGCCGGGAAGUUCUUGCAGGUGGGCUUCACAUCGAUGACCAACCUGGGGCUCAUGCCUUUCGUGUGUUUCCGUCAUCCCAACGGAGCCUACAGCAUGCUGAAGUAUUCAGACAUCAUUUGUGGGUCAGGAGAACAUGUCCUCAUGCAAGUCUUCGGAGGUUGUUUGCUUGCUUUAGGGCUGAUCUUCUUGUCGGUUUGCACUCUUUGGACCAUGAUGGCGCCGAAGUGGUCCUCCAAUGCGGAGAAACUGGGCCAGGUGAACUUUUUGAUCCGACGCUUUCAACCCAACACUUGGUGGUUUGGCUUGUUCCUUCUCACCAGAGGACCUUUCCUGUCGCUGCCCACGAUCCUCGCACCGGAUUCAUCCAGUUUGCAGCUGUCCAUGAUGCUGAUGGUGCUGAUGGUCUCCCUUGGCGUGCAGGCGACGGUGCAGCCUUGGCAGACUCCAUGGUUGAAUUUGGCAGACACCAUUUCAGUCUCUGCCUUGGCGUGUGUUUUGGCAGUCUCCUUGGGCUGUGCAGAUGGCGAAUGUGAACCAGCCAUGGAAACUUUGUGGGUGGUUUUGGCCGUUUCCUUGUUGCUGAUUCUGGGUUUCUUUGUGCUGAUGGCAUGGCUUGGAGCUCUCUACAGUCAAGUGGCUGGAAAGGACUUGGCGUUUCUGAACCUCUACAAGACCUCCCACCCCGAGACGAUCGUGGAAGGGCUGCGGGACCUCACGAGGAAAGUCAGCCAGGAGGAUCAGGAGCAACUCACCCAUGCCGUGGCCAACCUGUGCUUCUACGACCUCCAAAGCGCCCACCUCGCCAUCCAAGCGCUCCAAGACUGCUGGGGCAUCGAGCCUCGAUUCUCCGGCCGGAGCCGCAUCAGCACCACCGUCAGCCAAGAGAUGGAGCUCGAAGGCGAAGCCGAGGACACCGAUGCGAAGGUGCUCAAGCAAGGUCCCGACCUCGGAGGCGCCAUGAGCUCCAGUGCUGAGGAGGUCCAUGAGUCCAUGACCAGCUUCAUGGUGCCGACCCUGAGCGAUCAACGACCGAAUGAAGCUGGACUCGUGCAAUGCGAGCUCUAGCCGCGGAACUCGAAGUAUCCAAAUGUGCGAGUGCGCAAUUUUGGUAGAAAUAGGACGCUGUUGUGUCUAAAGACCAC